AUGGGAAAACAAGCAGGAGGAGAGACUUUUGUUAGCGAAGGAUUCACAAAUUGGAAGGGUAAAGAUAGAUUAAAUAUUCAUGUUGGCCAACAUGAUAGUGAACAUCAUAAAGCUCGAAUGAAUUGUGAAGCUUUGAUGAAUCAAUUUGAGCACAUUCAAUCAAUUUUGCACAAACAGUCAAAGCAAAUGCGAAAUGAUUAUCGUAUCCAUCUCAAUGCUUCGAUUGAUUGUAUCAGAGUUUUGUUGCGACAAGGGAAUUCAUUUCGGGGUCAUGGUGAGACUGAAGGUUCUCUUAAUCCGGAUAACUUUCUUAUUCUACUGGAGUUUUUAGGUGCUCAUAAUAAAGAGAUUAAUGAUGUGAUAUUGAAAAAUGCUCCUAAAAAUUUUGAUGAAUCUCGUGAUGUGUCAAUGAAGGAGCAAAUGUCAGUUGUUUUGCGCUAUGUGGAUAGUAGUGGGCAUGUAAAUGAGUGUUUUAUUGGAAUUGAACAUGUUACUAGUACUACAACACUCUCACUUAAAGCUGCUAUUGAUAAGAUGUUCUCUAAAUAUAAUUUGAGCAUAACUAAUGUGAGAGGACAAGGUUUUGAUGGACUUCAACUAGCUCUUAUAGCUAUGGACAAAAAAAAUCUUCCGAUUUCUAAUUUCUUUCGUAUUGUUGGUAAUGUGGUAAAUGUUAUUGGAUCAUCUUACAAACAUUCUGAUCUUCUUAAGGAGAAACAUUCAGAUUUUAUUGUUGAGGCACUGGAGAGGGGUGAAAUUUCAAGUGGUCGAGGACUUAAUCAAGAAACUACCCUUCAACGUGCUGCGGAUACACGUUGGGGGUCACAUUACAAUUCUUUGAUCAGUUUGAUUUCUAUGUUCUCUGUUGUCAGUGAUGUGCUUGAAGUGAUUUCAGAAGAUGAUUCUAGUUCUCCUGAUUAA